GCGGCGGCUGUAGCGGCGGCGGCGGCGGCGGCAGGCUGAGGAGGAGGAGCGGGAGCGGGAACCGGAGCCGGAGCCGGAGCCGGAGCGGGAGCAGGAGCCGAGGAGCCCGGCGCCGCACCGCACAGCACCGCGCCGCGCCGCGCCGCGCCGGGGCCCAUGUGGGGAGGAGUCGGAGCCGCCGUUGCCACCGCUUGUGUCAGCCGGACCCGAGUGGGAGUGAGGGGGGAAAGGCAGGAGGAUGAAGUUCGCCGAGCACCUCUCCGCGCACAUCACUCCCGAGUGGAGGAAGCAGUACAUCCAGUAUGAGGCUUUUAAGGAGAUGCUGUAUUCAGCCCAGGACCAGGCACCUUCUAUGGAAGUUACAGAUGAAGAUACGGUGAAGAGGUAUUUUGCCAAGUUUGAAGAGAAAUUUUUCCAAACCUGUGAAAAGGAACUUGCCAAAAUUAAUACUUUUUAUUCAGAAAAACUUGCAGAGGCUCAACGCAGGUUUUCUACCCUUCAAAAUGAGCUUCAUUCCUCACUGGAUGUACAGAAAGAAACAACUGCUGUUUCUACACUUCGAAUGCGCAGAAAUCCAGUUUUCCACCUGUCCCAUGAAAAACGUGUUCAAUAUAGGAACAUUAGAGACCUUAAACUGGCCUUCAGUGAGUUCUACCUCAGUCUUAUCCUGCUGCAGAACUAUCAGAAUCUGAACUUUACAGGGUUUCGUAAAAUACUCAAGAAACAUGACAAGAUCCUGGAGACAUCUCGUGGAGCAGAUUGGCGAGUGGCCCAUGUGGAAGUAGCACCAUUUUACACAUGCAAGAAAAUCAACCAGCUCAUCUCUGAGACAGAGGCCGUGGUGACCAAUGAACUUGAAGCUGGAGAUAGGCAGAAGGCUAUGAAGCGUUUGCGGGUUCCUCCUUUGGGAGCAGCUCAGCCUGCACCUGCAUGGACUACAUUUAGAGUUGGCCUAUAUUGUGGAAUAUUCAUCGUGCUGAAUGUUGCCCUUGUGCUUACGGGUGCAUUUAAGCUUGAUGAUGAUAGGCCAAUAUGGCCCCUAGUAAGAAUCUAUCGAGGUGGCUUUCUCCUAAUUGAGUUCCUUUUUCUGUUGGGUAUCAACACCUAUGGUUGGAGGCAAGCAGGAGUGAAUCAUGUGCUCAUAUUUGAACUCAAUCCCCGCAACAAUUUAUCCCAUCAGCAUCUUUUUGAGAUUGCUGGAUUCCUUGGGAUAUUGUGGUGCUUGAGCCUGCUGGCAUGUUUAUUUGCUCCAAUCAGCGCUAUUCCCAUUCAAGUGUACCCACUUGUACUAUAUGGAUUUAUGGUUCUCUUUCUUAUCAACCCCACCAAAACUUUCUACUACAAGUCCAGGUUUUGGCUGCUUAAACUCUUGUUCCGAGUGUUCACAGCCCCCUUCCAUAAGGUAGGCUUUGCUGAUUUCUGGCUGGCCGAUCAGCUGAACAGCCUGACAGUGUUACUUAUGGACCUGGAAUAUUUGAUCUGCUUCUACAGCUUUGAGCUCAAAUGGGAUGAAAGCAAAGGCCUGUUGCCAGAUAAAAUGGGAGAAAUUUGUCACUCAUACAGCUAUGGAGUACGAGCGGUUGUUCAGUGCAUCCCAGCCUGGCUACGAUUCGUCCAGUGCCUGCGCCGGUACCGUGACACAAGGAGAGCCUUUCCUCACUUAGCUAAUGCAGGCAAAUACUCCACAACUUUCUUCGUGGUGACAUUUGCAGCCCUUUACCGUACUCAUAAAGCUCGAGGCCACUCUGACACUUCUGUGUUCUUUUAUCUUUGGAUUGUCUUCUAUGUCAUCAGCACCUGCUAUACCCUCUUCUGGGAUCUGAAGAUGGAUUGGGGUCUCUUUGAUAGGAAUGCUGGGGAAAAUACCUUCCUUCGGGAAGAGAUUGUCUACCCCCAAAAGGCCUAUUAUUACUCAGCCAUCAUUGAGGAUGUGAUACUUCGUUUUUCUUGGACUAUACAAGUCUAUGUCAUCACCUUGAAUCUGUCUCCUAAUGUUGGGGACAUCAUCGCUACUGUGUUUGCUCCCCUUGAGGUUUUUCGGCGGUUUGUGUGGAAUUUCUUUCGAUUGGAGAAUGAACAUCUAAAUAACUGUGGUGAAUUUCGUGCUGUGCGGGACAUCUCUGUGGCUCCCAUGAAUGCAGAUGAUCAAACCCUGAUAGAGCAGAUGAUGGACCAGGAAGACGGUGUGCGGAACCGUCAGAAGAUCAAGACGUGGAAGUCUAACCAGGGCUUGACACUGCGCCGGCCUUACCUGUCUCAAUCCAAGGCUCGUGAUACUAAAGUAUUGAUAGACGACACAGAUGAUGAAGCUAACACAUGAAUUGAGUCUAAAUCUACAUCCUUUUUUCCCCCAUUCAACAACCCUUUCCUUGACCAACUCAACCUCUGGUACCUUUCCAGCUAAAAACAGGAGAAGACAUUUAACACACUUUCCGAGCUCUUCUGGAUCGGAUCCUAUGGACUCCAAACAAGCUCACUGUGUUUCUUUUCUUUUCUUCUGGUUUAAUUUUAAUUUUCUACUUUUAAAAUAAAUAUUUACUUCAUUUUGCCAAUCAGAGGACAUUUUAAGGAAAAAAACCACAAGUUAUCUUAAGGAUUGUUUACAAUCACAAGGACAUAGAAAACUAUCUGGAUGAAGAACAGGCGCAGCGAGAACCCAAUAAUGGGACAGUACCGAGGUUACUCGGCUUCUGCUUAGCCCGGUUUUGACUGGUUAAAACCGGACAUUGGUUUUUAAAUUUGUUUGAGAAUUUUUUUUUCUUUCCUUCAUAUCCAGCGCAAAGGCACUGGCUGCACUUGCAGGGAAAGUGCACUUAGAGCAGUACCUUCAUUCACGAAGCUACUUUUUAAUUUGAUGUAACUUUUCUUAUUUUGGGGGAGGGGGGGAAGGAAACUGGGAAAUAGGAUGUAUUUGUUAUAUAUAAUUUUCUCAUUAUUUAUAAUACUUAACCAUAAGAGAACAAUCUUGUGUCCUGUGCAAUGAAGGUAAUAAGAGUAAAAGAAGGUAGGGGAGUCUAUCCUUGGAUGUUUUUCAUAAGGGUUCCCAUCCUGCAACACCUCUUUCAUGAGACAACUUGUACUAGUUUGACAAUUUUUCUUUUUUCUUUUUUUUUAAUUUUAAACCAAAGUUUCUGUUUCUGAUUUUUUUUUUUAUUUGCUGCUGCUUUGGAAACCUGAACAUGGCUCUCAUGACAGGUCAUCCUCACAUUUUCACAUUUUUGAAUGAAAUAUGUGAAAAAGAUUCUGAGAAUUUAAACAAAAUAGAGAUGGAAUACAGCUACCUAUACUCCAUACUCAGCUGCAGAAGUAGCCAGAUUUUCUAUCAUAACAUAGUUUUGGAGUUUAGGAUCGUUGUAGCAUGAUCCUUCCUAUCUCAGAGUUUGGGUUAGGAAACAAGGCUGUUUCAGAGACUCUACACCCUCAUUAAACAGGGAGUUUCUAAAGGUUUCACUUUACUUCCACCAGAUUCUGAGCAAGUUAGAAUCUGCCUGGGAGGGCUUAUCUUCCUGAGCACAUAGAACAAAUCAGCCUUUAUCUUUCAUAUUGCAUUGGCCACAUGAGGCCUUUGUAGCCAUUCAUCCCAGAGGUUAUAGGAGAUGAUUGAUCAUUGAAUCUCAUGUUCUCCCAUUGGGAGGGAAUAGACUUUUCAAUUUGUUAGGUCUGCCGUUUAAAGGAAAGUUCCUUUAUUCAGUCAUGAUUCAUAUACACUGCCCGUGUCAUUUUUCCUUAGUCUUUAUCCUGUUAUAUCUUCCCUUACCAGUCAAAAUAAGUCCUAAAACCUUGAUUGAUAGUUUAAUCUUUAAAAAAACAAACAAACAUGGAUUAUUUUGGAGGUAAGUCAACCUUUGUUAUUUACCCAAAAAUAGGAAUAGUACCAACAUAAACUAAAGUGUGCUUUCUAUAAUUCUAAGAUCCAAAUCAAGGUUUUAAAGUGUCCAUCUCUACCUUUGUUGGAUAUAUUGGCUUAAGUCACACUGAGCAUUUAUAGUUAGCUAUUGACUAUCCUCUUCCUGGCUAGCCUUCCUGUACAGUCAACACCAGUAACGGCAUUGAAGUAAAAUACUUGUGUUGUUUUCAGCCUUAAUUUGAGACUAAGGCACAAAUUAAUAAAGGCAGCUGUAAUCACUAAUUUAGUCUUUAAGAACAUGGCUACAGUAUCUGUAAUAUGGCCUCCUUGUUGUUAGUGCUUCUUCCAUGUGUCCAAAAUAUGAUCACACAGGUGGAUCACAUAAAGAAAUUACUGUUAACACUAAUGUCAAGGAGUGAAUAUGUGAAAAAUAGGUUUGUUUGUUUGUUUUUUAAAAAGAGCUCCUUUCUUUUCUGUUUAAUAUAAUAUGGAUAGUCUUCCCUAAACUUGUUCCCAUUCUAAAUCUAGGGGAAAAAAUGCUUGGAUCAUUACCUUACUCUGUGGCUUUUAUUCCUUUUUGUGUUUUGCCAAAUAUUCUUCUUUGCCAGAAACAUGGGGAAAAGGCAUUUUAAUUACUGGCUUCCUUUAAUUUUAGUUUUUAGAACUGAGUCUUUUAAGUAAUCAGUGGUAGCAAUUUAGUGGCUCUUGGUUGAUAAAGGGUUUUAGAGUUCAUACUUGGAUUUAACAAACUAUAUUGUUUUAUAUUCUAGAGUCAGGAAAAUACUGCUGGUCUGCCAAGAAACCACUUAUUAAUUGAGUUAUUUAUAUAAGUUGAUGAGUUGGUUAUUUUCUGUACAAAUGGAAUAAAUAGUACUCUGUGUAUCCAGAAUCAGCUUAAAAUGAAACUAACAUCCCUUCUCCUUCCAGAGUUCUGUAAAGUGUAUUACCGUAGCAUCCUGCAAUUGGCCCACAGUAUAUAGGAGAGUCCUUACGGUUUCUUUGUUUUUCCCUCAUUGUAUCCCGCCGCCAAUUUGGCCUUUGUUCAAAUUUUAGAACCUUAGUCCCUAAUCAGGAUUAUUUCCCUUAGGUGAUAAAAAUAUUAAAAUUUUCAUUGGACAGUUAGCAGAAUCUAAUUUAGAAUAUAAAGACUUUGAUAUGUGACAUUUGUUUAAAUUUACUAUUUUGUGUUCCUAUUAAAGGCAUAAAGGGAGCAAAGAACUUUUUCUCAUAAUUAUCUUGAUCAAACAACAUGUAUUUCAACUUCUUUUUUCCUCUUCUAAUAAGAAAUGGUAUCCACUGUGCUAUUCCCUCAAGUAGCAUAUACUACUUUACCAAGCGAUCAGAAUUUCUCAGAUUUCUUGCUCCAGCUGCCAAGCCCAAUAAAUUCUGCCUAGUGCUGGUGCCCAUUUUACAAUUUUAUCAAAGUUUUCCCUGAAGCUCUCAACAAACAAAUUAUCUUUAUAGGGAAAUGCACAUUAGUUGGUCAUGUCACUGAAGAAUGAAAAGAUUAAAAGAAUAAACAACCCAAUCCCAAGUAAAAUUCAUAUGAUCACAUGUUUAGAUAAUCUAGUAAUGUUCUGAAUUUGGAAAAAAUCAAUUAAAAUCCCCUGGAUAGAGGAAUUAAGAUACCUUAAAUAUCAAGAAAUUCAAAUUAUUUUUCACUUUUGAUAAUGCAGAAAGAGAUUAGGAAGCUAAGAACAAUUAUUUGUAUAUACAAAUAAGUUCAUUAUUUAAAGCUCAAAUGAGUAUGUUGACCGAUGGUUUCAUACCUUACAAUGAUCAAAGAUGAAUUUUCUAUUAGAUCCUCUAUAAGAAUGUGGAGAAAUCAAAAUCCCAUUCCUCAAUCUGCCCUUUUGCCAUUUUCCCUUCCACAUUCUUAUUUGAUCCUUUUAGCAUCCUGUCACCAAAUUCACAUGAUUACAGUGUGUAGCCUCUGAAAAGAUGAAGCCAGUAGCCUUCACGGUACACGUAUAACAGACCCCAAUUCCUAGGAUUGGUGAUAGCAGUACUUCUGUUUCCUCCAAAGUCUGUUUAAUCUCAAUAUAAAGAAAGUUCAGAAGUCACAAUUCCAAAUUCCUCCUUUGAGAUAACUUGCUUUUUACACCCACCCUUAUUUGAACAUGCUAAAUACAAUCAGAACAUCUGGAUAAAGAAAUAUCUCUGCCUCUCAAUAAACAAAAUAAAGUGAGGCAAGACUAGAAAAAAGGGAACCAUUAUGGCCAUUUGUUGUACUUCAGUUGAAGAGAAAUCCACUGUGGGUUGUGAAAACAAAAAAGCCAAGCACAUCAGACAAUUAACCAGCCUGAUGUCAGAAGUAAGACAGCUAGGAACCUGCUUGUUUUUAGCUUCUGUUUUGUCCCGCCCCCCAGUGGUCUAUAUAUUAGUAAUGUACAAUUCCCUUUAUUUACCUGCUCUUUUCUCCAUUAUAGUCAGUUGUUUAGAAUGAGUUCGUUAUACCCAAAUGUAUUUUAGAAAUGAAUGACUGGGGGCAGCUAGGUAGUGCAGUGGAUAAAACACUGGCCCUGGAUUCAGGAGGACCUGAGUUCAAAUUCAGCCUCAGACACUCGACACUUAACUAGCUGUAUGACCCUGGGCAAGUCACUUAACCCCAAUUGCCCCACCAAAAAAAAAAAGAAAAGAAAUGAAUGACUGAAGGAAUUUCUCAUUCUUGCUAGCCCUUGCCAAAACAAGAAAACAAAACAUAAAAAGGAAAGUUACACUAAUGGCAGGAAAACAACUUCUUAUUUAUAAGAAAAGGGUAUUAAAAAACUUAGCUCCAUUUUUCUUCCUCUCAGGCCCAUGCUUUUAAAGGACCUGAUGAUGUCCACAUUGGUUAGAUAAAUUGAUUCCAGCUUCAAGCCUGAGACUCCCUGGAAAUUCCCUAUUUCAGUUAUGCUUCAUUUGAUGGAAACAAGUUCAGAUUAAACAGCAUUGUUAAUCUGAAAGAACUGAAUUGCUGCCACCCAGGGCACACUUUUUAAAAUUUCAUGUUCUUGAAUUUUAACAAUUCAGAUACCUUCCCAAGUCAAAAAGUGAGUACUGUUUAAAUUAGUCAUUUGCUCUAAUCCAUUCUUACUAUUCCUAUUGAAAAUUUUACAUAAACCUGAUGUCACUAGAAGAUCACCACUCCACUAAAAAUCAAUAACACUGAAACAUUUUUUUAAAAGUUGGGAAAAUAGAAAAUCAGGUUCAUUUAAUCUUUAGAUCAGCUUGUCUUAUUAUCCCUCUCUGGAGGAUCUAGACAUCUGCUAUUGAUCGCACGUGUGGUGUGUUUAGCUAAGUCAAAGAAAAGUUGAAGUACAAAACCUUCAGAAUUACUGAAAAAUUCCUCCGUCUAAGCAACAGCCUUACUAGUUGAUCUAGAAACUGCUUUAGACUAUUUACUUAUUUUAGUCUCCCAAUGUUAUGUGUUUUAUUAUAACUCUCUGCGUAAAGUUAGGUCAUUGUGGUGAUGGGUAUAGGAUUUGGAGACAAACAGAGGGUGUGGGAAAAUAAGCAAUGCUAACUUGGGAGUUGCAACCCAGUAUUUAGCCAGCACUUAUUCACCUUCUGCUAAUAAAAGUAAGAAAGAAAAAACAUGUCUUUAGCUUUGGAAGAGCUUGAUGUGGAAGAUAUCACCAGCCUUCCUUUAUUUGUUCGUAUAAAAAAGAAAAAUUUCACCAGGAAAAGGAUGCCCAUUGAUUGGUUGCCCUUCUUGAAUGAUUUGGUUGUAUUCUAGUAUGGAGAAAAACAAUUAUCUCUUGAGGAACAGUCGUCCUUGAAUUAAUUUGCUUUUGUAGGCAUGAGGAACAAAAUGAGGAAUUGUCUUGAAAUAAGAGGAAUUGUUAUAUUAACUUUAAACUGAAGCUUGUUUCAUCGUGAUUUUUUUUUAAUCAAUCUUGUUCUGCUUUGUGGUGCCAUCCAUUUAAUGAGGACAAUCAAAUAACCUAUUGUUUGCCUUGGACUCUCAAUGUGUCUGGUAAUUGCAUAGACAACUUGUAUACAUUCAAACCAGUUACUUGACUGUAACAUAACCCAUACAACCUUAGUUCUUCCUAUUCUCUUUCCCCUACACCACCACAAGUUUAAUGAGAACUGCAGCACUACCAGAAAGGUAUGGACUUUUAAGGGCAAGGAUGAUGUUAUAACAUCCCUUUCUCAUUAUCCUUGGAGCCCACAGUCUAACCUUCUUUCCUUGUGCCCAGUAGCAAUACCAGCAUGGUGGGAGUAAGGAGAAAGACUAUAGGAAUUCCCAGGAACACAACUAGAUUGUGACACUUAUUUCUUUGAGUUUGUAAAGUGAAUUGUGAGCCCUUUCUCAAGGACAGCAAAGCACCUCAGCUUUUCAAACAACAUGUGAUGAUUAACUUUCUCGAUCUUUUUCUGAUUUAGCACAGAGGUUUAUUAAUGAACAGUAUUUGGAAGGGGGCAUGAGGUGAAAAAUGUAUUUGUCUUUGAGUCCCUCCUCCUCCACUAUUACCUUUCUCUUCACCCUUCCCGUGCUGUGUUGGUCUAAAUGAUGAUUAUUCUAUGAAGCCCUAAACUGUAGUUGUCAAAAGUAACUAUAAAAUGUGAUUAGUCCUCUGUGGGUGCUUCUUUCUUUCUUUCUCUCCUUUUCUUUCUCUUUCCCACUUUCUCUCCACUCUUGGUUAAGUGGAAAUGGUGAGGACAAAGAAUUGCCACUUGCUUGGACUCAUGCUGUAACUGUGACUGCGCUAUUAGCUGUCUCCUUUUUCCUUCUCAAAUGGAUAGAAUUCUGUUGAAGUGUGGAGUACCCUUCUUGAAAAGUAGGCUUAAAAUGCACAAUGUGGUACUGUUUCAUAGUUUCUAGAUGGUUGUAUAAAGCAAAAAGUUAAUGUGGUUCUGUGUUUUUAAAAGAAAAUAAGUGAUUGGUUACAAAACUAUGUUUUUUCCAUUAUUAUAAGCUCUCUUUGUUUUC